AUGUCGAAAAUUGCGACCCUCGAACCGUCUGGAAAGCUCGAGCCAGGUACUGGCUGUUCGAAUCGACAAAGGCCCCCGAAUCGUGUCCAACGUCACAAGAAGGUGACACCUUACAAACGAGAUGCGUUGCUCGGUAGGCUUGCCGACUGUCCUACCACCUACCGAACCCAGAUGGUGACGUACCUCCGUGACAAAUUCGAGGACAAUGCAUUCCUUUCUACCAUGAGUCGUUCGUUGAAGGAUACGCGAUGGACGCGAAAGAACUGUCAUCCUGUCGCGCAACAACGGAACCCGAAGCUUCGAGAACUAUGA